GCCUGUGUCUGCCCGUGCUGAGAGCUCAACAGUCCGGCAGAGAGAGGAACCUCGUUGUGGGCAGGACCGGGGUCACAGACGAACAUCACACCACAGGUCACAGGAGGACAGAGGAACAAGAGGCUGACAACAGAGGUCGAGAUUGAAUCCAGCAGUCACAAUGGCAGACAGCGGGAAAACUAAUGAGACUGGAGCAGCAGCAGAGCCAGCUAAUGGAGACCAGCAGAAUGUUGUUUCCCGAGUGAGCAAUUUACCUCUGGUCAGUUCAGCUUGUGAGGCCGUCUCCAGCGCCUACAGUACCACCAAAGACAGCGUGCCCUUGCCCCUGAAGGGAGUGAUGGAUGCAGCAGAGAGUGGGGUCCGAACCCUGGGAGCAGUUGCCACCACGGGGUCCAAACCUCUCUUGGACAUUAUAGAACCACAGCUUGCGACAGUAAAUGAGUACGCGUUGAAAGGACUGGGUAAGAUGGAAGAGAAGCUGCCUAUUCUUCACAAACCAGCAGACAAGGUGGUGUCGGACACAGUGGGUAUGGUGUACCAGUCGGUAGCAGGGGCCAAAGAUGCCGUAAUGGGGGCUGUGAUGGGCAGUGUCGAGCUGACCCGGGCAGCAGUCAGCGGAGGCAUCAUCACCGCCAUGGGCACCAGGAUGGGCCAGAUGGUCAGCAGUGGGAUGGGCCUGGCCUUGAGCCGAUCCGAGGACUGGGUUGACCAGAACCUACCACUUACUGAGAGGGAGCUGGCUGCUGUGGCUGAACCUGCCACCAGCGAGGUGACUGCCCCGCCAGCCAGCCCCAGCUACUUUGUCCGCUUGGGAAAACUCUCUGCCAAAGUACAGGAGAGAGCCCUACAGCACUCUCUCUUCCGUGCACGGCAUGCCAGGGAUACCACCUAUACUGCAGUGGCUCAGAUUACCAGCACUCUGGAUCUGCUAGAGAGCGCCCGUACCAGUCUGGGUACUGCAAGUAACCAGAUCGGAGGAGCCUCAGAACAGCUGCUUCAGCGCUGGACGGAGUGGAAGCAGAAGCAGGCUGGAGCUGGACAGACCGAGUCAGAGCCAGAUGGGACCAAAGAUGAAGCUGAGCAGCUGGAGUGGCGGGCUCUCUCCAUGGUGCGCGGUCUCAGCGACCAGAUGAGGUCAGCAUGUUCCAAUGUGGUAUCAAGCGCUCAGGGUCUGCCAGGUGCAGUCCAGGACCAGCUAGCCAGCGCUAAGAGAUCAGCUGAAGAACUGCACUCCUCUCUGGGGAACACGAGCACCAUCACACCCCUCCUUCUGGAGCGGAGCCGUCACCACCUGACCCAAGUUCAGCAGUCACUGGAUGCUGUCAUGGAGUAUCUACUGAACAACACACCACUCAACUGGCUGGUGGGACCUUUUGCCCCUCAGAUCACUGAGAAGGUGGAGGGAGAUGUGGAGAUGGAGCAGAUUGGACCACAAAACUAAGACUUUGAGACUUUGUUGUGUUUCUCCAUGAGCUAAUCAAUUUUGGUGACAGAAGAUUGGUGUGUGCUGUAGAUGGACUAUUUUUAAAAAAUAUAUACAUAAAUAUAUAUACCUGCUUGCUUUAAUGAAAGUAAUCAUGUUUUCUUCUUGAUGCACUGAAUUCAAAAGUAUUAGUUGAUGACACUACAUUUGUGAUGUAGAAUUUUAAUAACUGAAAGCUCUGACAUGUGGCCUUAAACCAGUGUUUCUCAAACUUUUUACACCUUGUACCACGUCUGAAGAUUCAUCUCUGCAAGUACCACCAUCAGCUACAGACAGUUCAUGCAGGAUGCAGGUUUAUUAAUAAAUAAUAAUACUCUU